CACGUGAUGACCUCCGCGUUUUGUGUGCUGGGACGCCUUCGCCAAUGAGCAAGUUGAAUGGACCUUCUGAUGCUUCGCAGAGGGGCUGGGUUAAUUUGUCUGGGGCGGAGUUGGCACUAGAGAAAACUGGGCUGCCUAUCAGUUGGCUUCGCAAGCCAAAGCUUCCUUCAAGAAAAUGGCUCAUUUUCUGGGGAAUUGUUUCUACCCUUGGCUAUCUCGCCUGGGACGAUAAGCGGAAAUGCAAGGCCAUAAGAGCCGAUUAUAUUUCUCGCGUCAAGCAUUUGGCUGAUUAUCCUUUGGGCAGCAAGGACCAUGCCCGAAAGGUGCAGGUUUAUGCGUGCAAAUGGCCCGGAGAUGACAUGGCCAAUAGAAGCAUGAAGCAUUUUAGGAAAUACGUUAAGCCAAUCUUGCAUGCCGCAGCUGUUGAUUAUGAGAUGAGGAAUGGGAAUUAUCAUGGAGCGAUAUCUGACCUAGUCCGAGAAAGAGUACGCCAAAGACGGGAGGCGGAUGCCGGCGCCACGGCUCCCCUGGGGCCAUGGGAUACCUCCAGCACCAAAUUGGACAUUCAGUCAGAGCGCAACCGGGAAAUGGAAGAGGGUGUGGUCAUCAUUGGAAGGCACACCUUAAAGGAGUACAUGCAUGGACUCUGCGAGGGUUGGACGUCGUCUUUGGCUAAGGUGGACAAAGAAGAGGCCCUUGCUGCCCUUCUUGCCGAAGACGGUGCUUUUGACGAGCCUGAUGAGGCUAUAAACACUCGUGAAUCGGAUCCCCCCAGACCUUUCGCGCAGCCAACCCUGUCUAACCCCCCAAUUCAACCCUCCCCUCUCUUGUCCAUGGGUAGUUUACGCGGGCCAUUCACUCCUCGGGCACCUUCAGCAUCCCAAGAAACCUCCGUUGCUGAUGCUUUACAUCAUGCACCCGUCUCCAUCCCGCUCCAACCACCAUUCCUCUUUGUGGAGUUUCCUAACCGUAUUGGUUUUGAAAACAUUCCCAUGAUGAUAUAUGACUUCUUUAAUGAGCACAGGCGGGUGGAGGCGGGGUGCGAAGCGGCGUAUCGCCUCGUAUUUGCCCAGAUACGCCCAUUCAUUCCUCCGACAUCAAUAAACCGGACCAACGACGCUCCUGAUGCGCCCACACCAUUUCCCAGUCACGGGUUUGGUCUAGGGGGUGACCUUGACUUCGACCAGGAUAAGGAGAAGAUGUAUGGCCGUGGAUAUCGUGACACCCUGGCAACUAUCGCUGACGCUCGCAAGAAAUACUACCAAGAGUUGCUUCGCAAGCUCGAGGUGACCCGCUCACUUGCACGAGGAGAAAGGGAGCCGACAAAAGACGAGAAGGCAUAUCCACCACCGACUGAGGUGGAACUUCGGGCGGAGCGGCUCAAAAAGGAGUUGCGGUGGAGAGAGGAUGAGAAAGCCUAUCAAUGGCUGCGUCACGGCAUGGGGGUCACUUGGGAUGAUCGAUUCAAUGGGAUAUUUGGUGUGUUCCGCAACCCUUCAGCGGAGGAGGUACGGGCUACCCUACCUCCUCCAUCGGCGACUUCGUCGGAUACAGCUUGACGGAAAAGGGCUACAUUGGGUUACAGACUUGCUUCUCUUUAAAAGUACAGUAUAUAGUUAACUUUCACAAUUACAAUUUUCCCCCUUCCAAUAC